AUAUCUGUGUGGAGAUUAUAGUUGACAGCUGUCAUAUCUAUUAGAAAUUUCUUCUAGAAGCAUGACAUGUCUUCCUUAUCAUAAUAUAUUAAUAUUUUAUAUAUAAUAUAUAUAGGGGGGCAGAAUUAUAAGAUCUUUCUAGAAAAUAUAGUGGUUCUUUUGGGUAGAAGAAAAUGGAAAGUAUAAUUGUUAGCUGCCAUAUUUUGUAAGAGUUUCUAUUUGAAACCAUGAAAUGUCCUAAUUUGGAUUAGAACUGAUAAAUUCUUUUCUUAUUUAUAAUGAACUGUCCUGUCCAACAUUCUUAAUAGUUAAUGGAUUCAACGUCCGGCUAGAGCAUUCAAUCUUUAACCAUUUAGUGCGGAGGGGUUCGGUCUCCCAUCUAAGGGGUGACAAGAACCAUCCAACAGCAAUCGAAAAACCAAACCAAAUUCAUGGGUCAAUUUCGAUUCGGUUUUGCUAACCAAACUAAUUAAACUUUGAAUUAUUAUCAUUAAACAAAUAUUGAUUAUGAAAUUCAAUAUUUCAAAAGUCUUUACUUAAAAUAUGAGUAUAUUUUUAAGUAAGUAUAAGAAAAAAUAUUAGACACGUUAAAAAGACCGAAAAAAAGGCAAGUAAACUUUGGUUCGAUGCAGUUUAGUUGGAUUUGACUUGAACAUUUUAAGGUUUUCGAGUUUGAGUGCCAUAUGCCUAUGGGUUUGUCGGUGUAAUAAUGUCAACCAUUCAACUGCGGAUUCAGCAAAGUAUAAGCUUCUUUUUGGAGCUUAAAUAUUUGGGGUUUCAACUAACUAAAAUAUGAAACACCAAGUUGUUAUAGGAGUCUCAUAAUAAUAUUUCAUGCACAACAUAUAUGACCACUCAAAAUUAAUAUCUUAAAAUCCGUGACUGUUUUAAUAAAUAUAGAUAUUUUUUAUUUGUUUGUUUUCUUUUUAUUAUUAUUAAUAUUUCCUUGGGUUUUUUUACGGAAUAUUUUAUUCCUUUUAUGGAAUCUAUGGAGUAUUUGAUUCCUUUUAUGAUUUAAUGAUGUUUUUCUAUUUUCUUUUUUUUGGAGAUAUUCGUUGAAUUUAAUAGAUUUGAAAAAUUAAUAGUAUAAUUGCUUAUAUAAAAAUUAAAAAGUCGUUUUGUGAUUUCAUAAAAUCACUGGAUAGUGCCCACAAAUUGCCCACAAAUUGCAGGCAAAUUAGAAGAGCUAUCAAUGCGAUUGGAAAAUUCUUAGUUGUUUCUUUUUAUCAUUGAUUGAGUUGUAUUUUUAUUGUUUAAUAAACGAAAAAUUCAUAAUUUAGUCUAAAAAUAUCUGAAAAAAUCAAAAGAGUUGAUGCAACAUGCAGAAAAGAUUGAUUAUUAUUUUCUUGGAAAGAAAAGAGAGAGAUAGAAAAAAAAAAAAAAAGAACAAAAGAAAAAACAAAAAGGAAGAAUACAAAAGGAAACAAAAUCUCAUUGCCUUCAUAUAUGGUACAAAUGUUGUAAGUAGUCAUAAGACCUUUUGCUAUAGACAAAAAAGUCAACAAGCCAAUUCAUCAAUAGCCAAGCAUCAAAUACGCCCCACCUCUUCUCUCUCUCUCUCUCACCAACUCCGAAUACAAACCACACUAAUGGUACUCAAGCAGAAAACCACCACCACCAACCCCUCCCUCUCCGCCACCCUACAAAUUACAGAGCUUUCUCUCGUUGGAUCCUCAAUUAAACCAACCUUUGAUGCUUAUUGCUCACCAUGAAUUCCAUCAAAGAAAGUAACCCUACUCAACUUCUUCCUAAUAAUAUCGUUCCUCUGGACUUCACUUCUAUUCUCACCCUACCAGACUCUCAUGCAUGGACUACUCCUCCAUCUCUAGACCCAUUGACAAGCCAAGAUGACUCCAUUAUUCCAGUCAUAGACCUUAACGGCCCAAAUGCACUUAUUCUCAUAAAAGAAGCAAGUGAAAAUUGGGGGAUGUUUCAGGUCACUAACCAUGACAUUCCCAUUCAUCUCUUUCACCAUAUCGAAGGCCAAACGCGAUGCUUGUUUGGAUUGCCUUCUACCCAGAAACUCCUCGCCGCCCGAUCACCUGGCGGGUUAACUGGGUACGGCCGGGCUCGUAUCUCCGACUUCUUUACAAGGGAAAUGUGGUAUGAAGGUUUCACCAUUAUGGGUUCUCCAGCUGAGCAUGCUAGCCAACUUUGGCCAAAUCAAGACACCUCUUUCUGCAAUGUAAUGGAAGCGUGCCAAAAGGAAAUGAAGGGACUAAGUGAGAGGAUAAUUGGGAUUAUGUUCAAGUCAUUGGGCUUGAAUGAAGAAGAUGUGAAGUUUCUUGGGCUCAAAGAUGGCUCUCAAUAUCCUCAGGGUGCGCUUCAACUGAACUCGUACCCAAAGUGUCCUGACCCGGAUCGAGCCAUGGGCUUGGCUCCUCAUACAGAUUCAUCUCUAAUUACUGUGCUACACCAAGGUGGUGUCAGUGGCCUCCAAGUCUUUAAAGAAGGUAUCGGGUGGGUGUCAGUCAGCCCGGUGGACGAUGCACUUGUGGUCAACAUUGGUGAUUUAAUGCACAUAAUCUCCAACGGAAGGUUCAAGUGUGCACAACAUCAAGCGGUUGUCAACAAGACACGUCACCGUAUAUCAGUUGCUUAUUUCUACGGUCCGCCGGGAGAUGUGAAGAUAUCACCGUUGAUGCAGCUGGUAGACUUUGAUCAUCCAGUCCUAUAUUGUCCUGUGACAUGGAAAGAGUACCUUGAUGCCAAGGCAAUAUAUUUUGACAAGGCACUAGAUUUUAUUAAAAAUGACAAAUCUAUCUGCCAGCAACAGUAGUUAACAGGAUAUGGUAUAGCUUUAUUUUAAUUAUAUAUUUUCUCUUUGAUUAAAUAUCUUGAGUGUCCGGCAGUUAUAAGUAUGUUCUUUUUA